UCCGUACCCCGGUCUGUCAGGUUAGCUUGUUAGCAUUGUGACCACAGUCUCACUUACAUGUGUGGUUAUUUGUGUGAAUUCAGCGAAGAACACCACAUAUUACUGCUUUAAAAUGGAUAUACUUAAAGCUGAGAUCGCAAGAAAGAGAAAACUUCUCGAAGAAAAGCAGCUUGUUGACGACUCCAAAAAAUACUUUAAAAGGGCAGAUCUUGCGCGCAAGGAACAAGAAGAUUAUUUCCGAAGAUGUGGAUACAAGGUUUAUGUUCAGAGAGAGACUCCUGAGAACCAGAUUGAUCAGGCAGAGGAAGAUGAACCAUCCACUUCAGCUAAUCCAGUGUUAGAGCUGGAACUAACAGAGGAGAAGCUGCCGAUGACAUUGUCACGACAGGAGGUUAUUCGACGGCUUCGAGAGCGGGGCGAACCGAUCCGACUGUUCGGAGAGUCUGAUUAUGAUGCCUUCCAAAGGCUCAGGAAAAUUGAGAUUCUGACCCCAGAAGUAAACAAGGGUUUGAGGAAUGACCUGAAGGCUGCCAUGGACAAGAUUGACCAGCAGUACCUGAAUGAGAUAGUUGGAGGAACAGAGCCAGGGGAGCUGGACACACAGCAUGACCUGAAAGUGCAUGAAGAAAACACCACCAUAGAAGAACUUGAGGCUCUUGGAAAAACCCUGGGUACCGGCGAUGAUGAUGGAGACCAGGAUGUGAUCGACAAAUUUUUGAGUUUUCUUCUUGGUGUUUGGGCCAAAGAUCUGAACAGUCGAGAAGACCACGUGAAGCGAAGUGUUCAGGGAAAGCUGGCCAGUGCAACACACUCACAGACUGAGUCUUACCUCAAGCCUCUCUUCAGGAAGCUCAGGAAGAAGAAUUUACCAGCUGACAUCAAAGAGUCAAUCACAGACAUCAUUAAGUUCAUGUUGGAGAGAGAAUAUGUGAAGGCAAAUGACGCAUAUCUACAGAUGGCUAUCGGCAAUGCUCCCUGGCCCAUCGGUGUGACUAUGGUGGGUAUCCACGCCCGUACCGGACGAGAAAAGAUCUUCUCCAAACACGUGGCCCAUGUUCUCAACGAUGAGACGCAGAGGAAGUACAUUCAGGGACUGAAGAGGCUAAUGACUAUCUGCCAGAAACACUUCCCAACUGAUCCAUCAAAGUGUGUUGAGUACAAUGCUCUUUAACUUGACCUUAACAUAGACCUGGGCCUACAGCAGCUCAGUUAUGGUUUUUGAUAUGAUUGAACUGGUGGUUAUGGCAGAAAAUUGUUUUAAAAAAAAAAAAAAAAAAAAUCUCCUUUGCUAAGGACCUGCAAGCACAUGCAUUUCUCAGAGGAUUACUGUCUACGGAACUGCAUAAUUAAACAGGAGUGGAGUGAGUCAGUCCAGUUAAAAACAGUCGAAAUUAUGCCAAGUUAUAAGUGUAAUACAAAUCUCUCAGAUUUAGCUGGAGCGCCCUCAAUAACCCUUGAGUCUUAGUCGGCUGGUCCUUGUGGACUGCUGGGGAAAACCUGUCAUGCCAUUGAUGGCCACAAGUCCUCAGUUUCUGAGAACACAAAUGUUACGUGAACGCCCCAAACGACAGGAAGUCUGAAAAAGUGAGGAUUUUUAACUUUAUGUACAGCGCUUGUUCUAGGCUACUGCUUUAACAUUUGCUUGCAUAUUUUUUUCAAGCUAUUUUCAUGCUGUGGCAAGCAGAAAACCAUUUGAAAAGAAGAAGUGGUGUAAGUUUUAUUACACCUGAGGAACACAUAUUGACAUGCUGUAACUACUGCAGAUUAAUUUCUAUGUACAUGUUUUCAGCAUAUAAUGAAACCAAUCAACGUGUCACUGUGCCAUCUUAGUGAGAAAAUAAAGUUGGGUUUUAUUACACCA